AUGAAUCUGACAUGGACCCUUCUUCUCCUCUUCUUCCUGGAGCAAACUGUCUUCACUCCAGGCCUGCCCUUCUCAAGACGACAUAUAGACAGUCCCGCAUCAUGGGUCCCUGGGGGACACCACCGAUACUGUGACGUGAUGAUGAGGCGACGGUGGCUGAUCCACAGGGAUAAGUGCAAGCAGAUCAACACCUUUAUUCACGAAGACCUGGCCACCGUAGCAGCCUUCUGUAACACUCCAGCAGUGCCCUGCACCAGCAGCCGCUCCUUGCGCAGCUGCCACAACAGUACUCACGACGUCAGUGUCACCGACUGCUUUGCCAGAGCAGGGACCCGGCCCCCCUACUGCCACUACCACAAGAAGGACUCCACCAGGCCCAUCCGUGUGGGCUGUGAGGAGGGGGAACCUGUUCAUCUGGACGGCUAG